AUGUUUGAGCAUGAGAAUGGCAAAGAAGCAGACUUAGAACAUCAUCAGACUGCUGAUAUCACCAUUCAGCAUGGGGAUAAGGGCCCCACUCCCUCCUCCACCAAUGAUGACCAUGUGUCUGCAGCUCCUCCUCCCCAAAAAGAAAGACAACCACCUUCAGAUAUGGACAUGAUGAAAGAAAGGUUCUCUAAGCUGCUGCUGGGGGAGGACAUGUCAGGAGGAGGAAAGGGUGUUUCAUCAGCUCUGGCUUUAUCAAAUGCCAUCACAAAUCUAGCUGCUUCUGUUUUUGGAGAACAAUCCAAGUUACAACCCAUGGCUCCAGACAGGAAGGCAAGGUGGAAGAAGGAAGUAGAGUGGCUCUUAUCUGUCACAGAUUACAUUGUUGAGCUUGUCCCUUCUGAGCAAACGGGAAAGGAUGGAAAAAUCAUGGAGAUAAUGGUGACACAAAAGAGAAGGGACCUUCUGAUGAACAUACCUGCACUAAAGAAGCUUGAUAACAUGCUCCUAGACUGCCUAGACAACUGCAAAGACCAGAACGAAUUCUGGUAUGUGUCGAAAGACGCGGAUGAAUCAGAGAAAGGUGUGCAGAAGAACGCCAAAUGGUGGCUUCCCACAGUUAAGGUUCCGCCGAAUGGGCUGUCUGAAGCAUCCCGGAAAUGGCUGCAGUAUCAGAAGGACUGCGUGAAUCAAGUGCUCAAAGCUUCCAUGGCCAUAAAUGCACAGAUUUUGUUAGAGAUGGAGAUCCCAGAAAGCUACAUUGAAUCACUCCCAAAGAAUGGUAGAUCAAGUCUGGGGGAUUAUACCUACAAGAGCAUAACAGUGGAGUUUUUCGACCCGGAGCAAUUCCUGUCAACGAUGGACCUGUCAUCAGAGCACAAGAUACUUGAUCUGAAGAACAAAAUAGAGGCAUCUAUAGUGAUCUGGAAGAGGAAGAUGAACCAGAAGGAGGUGAAGUCUGCUUGGUCUUCAGGUGUAAGUUUGGAGAAGAGGGAACAGUUUGAGGAGAGAGCAGAGACCAUUUUACUCCUCCUCAAGCAUCGUUUCCCAGGCCUCCCUCAAUCCUCCCUCGACAUCAGUAAAAUCCAGUUCAACAAAGAUGUGGGGCAUUCUGUGCUGGAGAGCUACUCGAGGGUACUAGAAAGCCUUGCGAACACAGUAAUGUCUCGCAUUGAGGAUGUCCUGUACGCGGAUUCUCUGACACAAGAGCCGCCGUCCCCGGAAUGCUCGGCGUCGGAUUCGUCGACUCCGGGGGCGCCGCCAAGCGACUUGGCUAAUGCUUCCGCAGAAGACGCAGAAUCUGGAAUGACAUUGCUGGAUUUCAUGGGCUGGAACCUGGAUUCAGGAGGCGGAGGAGAAGCAGAAACCAAGAACAACAACAACUCCAACGAGGAAACUGAUGAGAAAUCCCCCAUGGCGACAAAACCCCUAAACGCUAACUCAAAAAAGAUUUCCUACGUUGAGAAGAUCGAAAGUAGGGCCGUGAUUAGUCCGACAGCACGCCAUUAAAACCGCGUCAAAUAGAACCUGCCCAGAAACCAGAGAGAGAGAGAGAGAGAGAGAGAGAGAGAGAUCUAUGUACGUAUGUAUAUGUAUAGUAUAGACAGGUUAACCGACCAAUUCAAGUGUAGAUACUCCAAAAAAAAAACCUUUUUAAGGAGUUAAUGGAUUAGUUAGUUAGUGAUUUGUAACUGUUGGAGCUCCCAUACGCACCCAUUGUGGAUAGGGAAUUGAAGUUCAAACACAU